AUGAUUGAUCAAGAGGUCCUAACGAAGCUCUCGCAUGAGGCUUCUGCCGCAUCAUGGCCAUUUACAGCUCUUUCAACGAUUUUCUUUUUCAUGAGGACUUUCUCUCGUUUUCGUAUGCAUAGAAAUGAUGUCGGCUUAGAAGAUGCCGUGUUCUCCAUCUCUUGGAUGCUCAAUAUCGUCAGAGCAGGAGUCUUCCAAAAGGCACUAUACGCGACCGAAAAUGUAGACAUGACCAAUCCGGCAGCAACUAUUCCAGCAGCAGCCUUUUGGGUUAUUUUCACUGACACAUGGGUGUUUUUGAGCAUUGCUUUACCUAAGUUCGGUGUUGGUAUCCUGAUUAUUCGAAUUUUUAUUCCACGUCGGUGGCUUCAUGUCUCGAUCCUUUGUCUCUGCUGGUGUCUCAACAUACUAGCUGUGGUAGGCUUCAUCUUAAUAUUUGUUCAGUGCAACCCCGUAGCAGGCCAGUGGGAUCCGUUCAAGCAUCCCGAAACUCGAUGUUGGAAUCGGUCAGUUGGUCUCAUAUAUGCUUGUUCUGUUAGCGGCAUAUCUGCUUUCAUGGAUUUUGCAUUCGCAGUCUAUCCUGGAAUUGUAGUGUGGGGCCUACAAAUGCCUACGUGGAAAAAGAUCAGUACAACGGCUCUCAUGGGGCUAGGACUGUGCUCUUGUGCUUUUGCCAUCGUCAAACUAUCAUCAAAUACAUAUCUAUUUGGGUAUCCGAGUAUUUACGAGCUUCUAUACCAUGGUAUCCGGAUUGGUAUGUGGAAUAGCAUUGAGAACGACUUCGUUCUAAGUGCUGCCUGUCUUCCAUCUGUACCUCAAUUCUUUCGAGCAUGCGGCCUUUUCGGGAAACUGGGAAGUGCGACGACUUCAUUCAGUCGAGGUACCCAAUUAAGUUCAUUCACCAAGCUCAAACCCUCGAGCCGAUCUGACAUACCAGAUGAUAACAUAGAUAUUGAAGUAGCUCCCGCCACAGAGCCAUCCAGAACUUAUGAAGAUAGACGACGGGCCGGAUUUGCAAAGUAG